AUGACAGUGAAUAAUUUUAGCCUCGAGCAGAUAGCCCAGCACAAUACCUUAGACGGUGCGUGGGUCAUCAUUAAUGGGAAGGUCUACGAUGUCACGACCUAUCUUGAUGACCAUCCUGGAGGUCGAAAUGUUCUGAUGGAGGUCGCUGGGACGGAUGCAACGGAUGACUUUGAUUAUGUCGAUUAUUCCGAUGACGCCCUACGAAAAAUGGAAACCUUUCAAGUCGGAAUCAUCUCAGGCUGGAAGAAGACACCGAAACCCACCUUUGUUGAAUCGCUGCCGGUCAGCGCGAAACCAACAGCGUCGCAGCCAACCCGACGCAGUCCCAUGCUUACCUGGGCACUGGUAUCCGUGUGCGGCUUUAUAGUACUAGGAUAUGGAUGGCAAUCUACUGAAGUGGGAGUUUUGAGUAACAGUUAUGGGUUUUGGUCCGGUGUUGCCGUGGCGCUGGUGGUCGCGAUGACCAUUGGGGGAGCUGUGGUCUUUUCGACAACAAAAAGGGUUUUGGACCAUGGAAAAGGGAUCCCCGUUUCUUCGAAUCGAGACCUUUUACCAAAGGCAAACCUCACUAUGGCAAGCACCGGGCACCAUACAUACUUCCUCGGCCUCGCCGCAUAUGGCUUCAACGCCUUGUGGGGCUCCAUGAUGCGCAAUGGCGCCGUACAAGCUAUUGGAGCCAUCAAAUCCACGGGGAUUCUUCCCAGCGGCGACAGUCUGACUACUAAUAUGACGGGAGUUCCGUUGUUCGAUGGGUUCCUUUUGUCUCCCGUAAUCUUCUACGAUGCCCUGAUGUAUGAGAGACAUCCAGUGCAUCGAUCCCUACUGGUGUCUGUAUUCACCAGCAUGCAAGCGACUGCCAUAGGGAUGUUGGUUAAUGGAAUUAACAUCGAUGAAAAUCUAUCUAUUUGGUCUUUGGUAGAGCACGCAGCGUGGGGAAUCUUCAAUCAAGCCUAUGGUGCUGCAUUUGUUUACCCCUUGUAUUGCCUUGUCACUGUUUACAAAGCCGUCCAGUCACCUACUGAAGGGGCAAAGGAGAAAAAAGAGUCCGGAGAAAGACAGUUGCCAGAUAUCGCCGACCGCGAGGCAAUAGUGUACACCAGCAUUGCCAUCGCCGCCGCACCCCUAUGGCUUCUCUAUCCAGCGUUUUUUCAGUGCAGCAGCAUAAGUCGCCAGCUCUUGAUAGCUAGCUACCGUGUCUCUCCCGCUUUACUGGCUUCGCUACAUCCUUUUUUGGCCUUCAUCUUACGUCGGCUAUGGCCUGAGAAAAUACUUCCAGCGGAUAAGGCUCAUUCGCAGAAAUCAGUACAAGCUUCGUUGCUAGUCGGGGCUACUACAGCAGCUCUGGGCCAUAUAUAUGCUAUACUGACAGGAAUACUGUCCCAUCGCGCAUCCUUCGCUCAAAUAUUCUUCCCAUCGGAAGCUGCGACUGGGCUAAAAUGGAGCGCCCAGAAAUUCCUGCAAAAGGAUAUUCUUGUCAUAAUUGCCGCUCUGGUCCCAUUCUCAGCUCUCCUGCUACGUGCUAAGAAUGGGAAUGUUCUCACGGAGAAAGAAACAAUCCACAAGAGAUGGGCGGAGCGGAUCUCCAACAUGAACUUUGUGCCGCGCGUGAUUGUUUUGACCGGACUUGCAUUUAUCUUUUCUCCUGGAUUUGUGUAUAAUUUGUCCAUGGCGUGGUGA